AUGAAGACAGAAAUUUUGGAAAACGCAGAAAAGGAUAUAACACAACGUGGGGACCAUGGUGAAGAAAAAGAAAAUAUGGUUUCCCUGAGAGGAUUUAAUCUGUCGUAUAAAGAAAAACUGGAAAACUUAAAGACAAUAAAAAAUAUUGACAAUAAUAAAAAAAUUAUAAAACUCGUUUUGGAGGAUGUCGAUUUGGAUCCAAAAGUAAUUAUGGAGCAUGUGGUAAAUAUGUUAAAGGAAAAAACGACGUUAUACACAGUUGUCGAAAUAAACAAGCAGAAAUACAAAGUGAAGUAUAACGAAGUGACCCCCGAUGAUUAUAUUUUAUUUCCAGAAAAUGUUAGCAAUAUUGCCAAUUGCAAAUAUGCGUACAUUGGCAUUUUGAAAGUUGCGAAGUAUACCAAGAAAUGCACGUUUAAUGAGAAAUCUUUCCAGGCGUGGCAGGACGUCCCCAUGGAAUUUUGA